CAAACUCUUUGGAGUCAGGCUACACUGGCCAGGAAGGAAAGUUCAGAACUCGGACCUGCCCAGUACAUUAUGUCAGCUGUCAAUGACACCAACUUCAACUCUGCAGUGUUCCUUCUCAGCGGGAUACCUGGGCAGGAGGACGUCCAUCUCUGGAUCUCUGUCCCCUUCUGCUUAAUGUAUGUUAUUUCGAUAGUAGGAAAUUCAAUAAUUCUGUUCGUUAUAAAAAUAGAUCCAAGCCUCCAUGAGCCCAGGUACAUUUUCCUUUCCAUGUUGGCUGUCACAGACCUUGGCUUAUCAAUAGUCACCAUGCCGACGAUACUGGGCAUAUUCUUGUUCAACUCUAGGGAGAUCAGCCUCAGUGCCUGUUUUGCCCAGCUGUUCUUCAUCCACUCGCUUGCAAAAUUUGAAUCCUCUGUGUUGUUGCUGAUGGCCUUUGACCGCUUCAUCGCAAUCUGUAACCCACUGAGAUAUGCCUCCAUCUUAACUCCACAGAGAAUAGCCAAGAUGGGACUGGUGUUUGUGCUAAGAGCGGUGGUCAUUAUAUUCCCACUCCCUUUUGUCCUGAAACGGUUCCGAUACUGUCGAGACAAUGUCCUCUCCCAUUCCUACUGUCUGCACCAGGAGGUCAUGAAGAUGGCUUGUUCGGACAUCACAGUCAACACUAUCUAUGGAUUGUCUACUGCAGUCUUAACAGUGGGGUUGGACUUGCUGCUCAUCUUCCUCUCUUAUGUGAUGAUCCUCAAAACAAUGCUGAACAUCGCGUCCCAAGUGGAGUGCCUCAGGGCCCUGAACACCUGCAUCUCCCACAUCUGCGCCGUCUUACUGUUCUAUAUACCAGUGAUCGGUCUGGCUGUGACACACAGAUUUGGGAAUAGCUCUUCUCACUCGCUUCCAAUGGUCCUGGGCUAUUUCAACCUGCUUGUCCCACCCCUGAUCAAUCCAAUUGUGUACGGCGUGAAAAGCAAACACCUUCGUGAGAGGAUAAUCAGGGUAUUUGUGAAGGGUCAGUUCAUCACUCGUCUCCAGGGCUGGACACACAGGAAACAAAAAACACAGCCACCUAUUCCAUGCUGGAUCCUCUUCCCCUGA